AGCCACGUCGGCAUCUCGUUUAGCGCAGGGGCGGGGCGGCCUUCUACACAUGCGCACUGUUGGGCGGGCCUUCUUCCUUCUCGCCGAACGCCGCCAACAUGGUGUUCAGGCGCUUCGUGGAGGUUGGCCGGGUGGCCUAUGUCUCCUUUGGUCCUCAUGCCGGAAAGCUGGUCGCAAUUGUAGAUGUUAUUGAUCAGAACAGGGCCUUGGUUGAUGGACCUUGCACUCAAGUAAGGAGACAGGCUAUGCCUUUCAAAUGCAUGCAGCUCACUGAUUUCAUCCUCAAGUUCCCACACAGUGCCCGUCAGAAGUAUGUUCGACAGGCCUGGCAGAAGGCGGAUAUCAAUACAAAAUGGGCAGCCACAAGAUGGGCCAAGAAGAUUGAAGCCAGAGAAAAGAAAGCCAAGAUGACAGAUUUUGAUCGUUACAAAGUCAUGAAGGCAAAGAAAAUGAGGAACCGAAUAAUCAAGCUUGAAGUUAAGAAGCUUCAAAAGGCAGCUCUCCUGAAAGCUUCUCCCAAAAAAGCACCUGCUGCUAAAGGUACAGCUGCAGCAGCUGCUGCAAAGGUUCCAGCAAAAAAGAUGACGGCUGCAGGCAAGAAGGCUCCAGCCCAGAAGGUUCCUGCCCAGAAAGCUGCAGGCCAGAAGGCAGCAGCACCUCCAAAAGCUCAGAAGGGUCCGAAAGCUCCAGCCCAGAAAGCACCUGCUCCAAAGGCAUCUGGCAAGAAAGCAUAAGAACAUAAGAAAAUAAAGGUUCUUUUUGACACAUUGGCAAAUCUAAAUCGUGGAUUAAAGUCUGUUGCUAGAGCUGGGGUUGUACAAAUGUAUUUCACAUGACUAUAUAAAAUUCUAGCAGCUUUUGAUGCA